UAACCAUUUUGACGUUUGUCCAGUUGUGACAAGGGCACGCAUACACGGCAUUGUGUUUUGAUCUUUCCGCAUACGUUCAACCGACAGACGCCCGAAAGAACCGCGCGAAAACUGUUUGGGGCGCUUUGUUUGUUGAAUAUUAAACGCGAAAGAAUCUUUUCGGCCAUCGUGGUGACAAGGUGACGUGUUGAGAUUAUACAACUUAACAGUUUUGGACGCUGUUUGGGAGUAAAGACCGGAAGGAAGCAAACUUUCAGCAAUGCACUCCAACUUGCUGGUGCCCUCACUCAACGAGGAAUCGUAUUGCCAUUUCUGCUUCGGUGGCGUCAAUGUGCAUGCCGUGUUUCCGCUUGGCCGACCGGACCUGCUUAGCAUUAUCGAUAAUAUUAUCGGAAUCCAUCUCACGCCCGAGGCGGACGAAACGUUCAGCUUGUGCGAUGGGUGCAUCGCAACGAUGGAAACGUUCGUCACAUUCCGCAACAAAAGCCGCUCGAACUAUGAAACAGUGCGGGAAGCGAAAAUCAUGAAUGAAGCAAUGAAGCGCCUUCAGCCACUACUGCAAGCAGAUUCGUUCAAUCCGAUAGUGAGCAGCAGUUGUCCGGCGAACGGAGUGCUAUCGAACAGCGUGAACACCGGCAGCGAGGAAACGCAAGCUCAUUUAAAUGUUGCGGGAGCAGUGCACAGCACACCGGUCCGUGCAAACGAGCCAGCUACUAACGGGAUGGAUGGAAGCUCUUCCGUGAGAAAACGCUCAUUUCAUCCACAGAACAGUGAUUCGGUGGCUUCAGCUAAGAAGACAAAGAUAAUCACUGAAAAAGUGGCAAAAAAUAAGAACAAAUUCCACCACAUCCGGGAGAUCAUGAAUCGCUUACGGAUCAAUCGAAUACGAGAGAAGGAUGUGUUAAACGAUGGGUUGAGGUCAGCGGACAGCUUUGUAGAGAGACAAGAGAGUAUUAGUAAUGGUUUCGCUCCAUUAGUCAAACAGCAGGCCGAAAAAACACACGUGAUAAACUGUAAGCCUUGCGUGGUUGUGCUCAAAAGAAUUCUGAUGGAUAAAAAAUGA